AUGUAUGUGAAAUGGUUUGAUACAGUAAUGGAAUACUAUGAGAUUUUAGUGAUUUUAGUGAAUGUCACUUUUUGUCAUUUUUGAAUUUCCCGCCGUUCCGUCCCCCGUACGUCUCGACGCUCACAGGGGACGGAACCCAGAUGACAGAUGCCGGCAUCCGCCGGAUUACAUUGUCGGGGACACUGCAGGAGGGACAUCGUGGGAGCGCAGGACAAGGUAAGUGAUACAGGGAUCGUUUUGGAGCAGCGCCGCAUGAUAUUCCCGAGUGUAGCUCGGGGUUACCGCUUGUGCUACACUCGGGAAUACCGCCAGGGAGGUUAAG